AUGGAUAGCUUGUGCAUCCAGAAGUCCAUCGUUAGUGUUACCGCCCCAGGCUCACACUUGGAACCCGGAGAUGAUCACCUGGGAAGACAGCUGGCACGGGAAUGUAACAAUUUCAUGGCUAGUAUUGUGAAAGCACACCCUUUACGAUUCGGAUUCUUUGCAUCUUUGCCUCUCCCAGAUAUUGAGGGAUCUCUUCGGGAAAUUGACUACGCAAUCAACGUGUUGGGCGCUGAUGGAAUUGGUCUAAUGUCAAACAGCCACGGCAUAUAUCCCGGAGACUCUACAUUUGAAGCAAUCUUCCAGAGAUUGGAUACUCUUGGUGCCAAAGUCUUCAUCCAUCCAAAUCAUUGUCGAUAUGCACACGUUGCUGGAUCAUUUCAGAAGAUUCCCGAGCUUUUACCGGUUGUACCUUCGUCAAUUUUGGAAUACUUCUUCGAUACCGGACGAGCACUCACAUCACUUCUACAUUCGGGGACAGCGGCGGCACAUCCAAAUGUCACCUUCAUCAUCGCCCAUUGUGGUGCCAUUCUGCCUCUUGUUCUUGAAAAGAUCACUGGGUUUGCAACAAAAUGCCUGAACAUGCGAGGACUUCCCACAUCAGAGGACGUCAGAGCGGACCUCAACCGACACUUCUUCUUUGAUACCGCAGGGUUCAUGUGUCCCGACCAGUUGCCGGCGAUCUUGAAGCUUGUCACUCCAGACAGACUACUCUUCGGCACAGAUCUUCCCUUCUUGCCAUUCGCAGUGGCAAAGGAUCUGUCACAGGAAUUAGAUGACAGUAUACAAACUCACUGUGGUCAACAAUGGCUGUCAGAUGUCUACUGCUUAAAUGCAGAAAAGCUCCUACGACGCGAAUGA